CCCUCGCAGGAGAUAAAGCGUCUGUGUUGUGGUUGAAAGGUGAAAGGUCGUUUGAAACAUGGCUGCUCUCUUGGAUAACAUGUUUUCUUUCUGCGUGGACCCCGGCAAAGUUUCCGGCAGCGUGGAAGUCAGAUUUAUCGACAAUAUUAAGGGAUUAAGGGACUGGCCAGUGUUUACAGGUAAGGGUCUCUUCGCCAAAAGGAGCAUCAAGAAGGGAGAGACCAUUUUCAUUGAGCGGCCUCUUGUUUCUGCCCAGUUCCUGUGGAAUGCUUUGUAUAAAUAUAAAGCCUGUGAGUACUGCUUACAUGCUUUGGAGACUGCAGAGGAGAAUGCGAGGAGACUCAGCGGCAUCCCUGGACUCAGCCUUCCUCACCCUGAGCUCUGCCGCGUUCGACCAGAGCUACACCAAGCAUGCCCCCAGUGCCAGGUGAUGUACUGUAGCAGCGAGUGUCGACAGGCAGCAGCAGAUCAAUAUCAUCGGGUUCUGUGUCUGGGUCCGUCCCACGAAGAUCCAGACCACCCCAUCAACAAGCUCCAAGAGGCAUGGAGGAAUAUGCAUUAUCCUCCUGAGACCUCCAGCAUCAUGCUUAUGGCCAGAAUGGUAGCUGUGGUCAAACAGGCUAAAGACAAAACACACUGGCAGAAGCUGUUUUCUCACUUCUGCAGCCGAACAGCCAACGAGGAAGAGGAAAUUGCCCAUAAGCUCCUGGGAGAGCAGUUCAAAGGGCAGUUGGCCUUGUUACACAGUCUUUUUAAAGCAGCACUUUAUGAUGAUCAUCUCAGUCGGUGGUUUGUUCCUGAGGGUUUCUGCUCUCUGUUCGCUCUGGUGGGAACUAAUGGCCAAGGCAUCAGCACCAGCUCCUUGAGUCAGUGGGUUCACGCCUGUGACGCACUUGAGCUUCCUGUCCAGCAGAGGGAGCAGUUGGACGCCUUUAUUGACCAGCUGUACAAGGACAUUGAGAAAGAAACGGGGGACUUUCUAAACUGUGAGGGCUCUGGAUUGUUUCAGAUGUCCCAUGAGGAAGUGGCUCCACCAUGUGGCAAGUUACAAACCUCAAACUCUUUAAAAUUUCACAGACAUGUUGCAUUUUCUUCAAGAAAUGUACCUUCGAGUUUAAAAUGUGAACCAUACUAAAGCUUUACAGUGUAUGAGGAACAAAGCUGUCUCUCUAAGACUAUCUGAUGGGCAGAUAGUAGAUAAAGUGACAUUUCCAGAGAUUUUGUGGUGCUUAUAUGGCAUCUGCAGACUUAUAGAUUCUGAUGUCUGAAUUAUGUAUUA